GAUGGCAAUGUGGUUCAGCCUCCCCAGCUUCCACACUGACCCAGGGACACCCUGCCAGAGGGGCGCUGUCGUUGAAUGGGCCCUCAUGAGUGUUAGACGAGAACAUCUGGAGAGACCUGCCACUGCAACCUUCAGCGCGGCGGACGCCAUGUUUGUACCUCGGAACCAAAGCAGCGGCGGAACAGUUCCUCGGAGAGCCUGUUUACCUGCGACACACACGGUCACACAUGUGAGUGCAACGAUGGCUAGUGGAGAUGUGUGGAGCGUGCUGGAGGAGUGUGUAAAGACAAUAAAUACAAACACAUCACAGCCAGAGAACUUUCUGAGCCUUCAAGAUGGAGUGGCAGCAGACUUCACCUCUCUCACUAAGACCCUGUAUGACCUCCACAAAGCCGAGGAGCCUGCAGAUUACAAAGGCAGCCCGCUGGCUCAGCUGGUGGUGGAAAACUUUGAUGAAGAGCAAAUCUGGCAGGAGCUGGAGCUGCAGAACAAUGCCAUACUGAAACACUUAAAAAAUGCAGCUGAUGAGGCUUUGUCAGAUGAGACGUUAACAUUGCUGGCAGAGGAGGAGGAAGAUGUAGAGACUGAUGAUGAAGAAGAAGAAGAAGAAGAAGAAGAGGAGGAGGAGGAGGAACCACCCAGACAGUCUAAGAAAAUGGCUGUGGAGGCUGAGGACGGGGCAGAGGAUUACACCGAUGAGGACUCUGAUUUAGAUUUUGAUGUGGAUGCUCUGGAGAAGCGAGAGAAACAGAAGAAGGAGACUGGGAGGAAAGGCUCCAAAACAAAAGUGGUUCCCUCUGAGGUUGAUGACAAGUUCUUCAAACUGUCAGAGAUGGAGUCAUUUCUUGAUAAUAUGGACAAGCGAGAGGGGAAGGAGGGCGAGAACGAAGAUGAACUAGACUAUUUUCAGGACCUGCCCUCCGAUGAGGACGAUGAACUCGACUUAGAAGAAAUGCUUGCUACCAAAAAGAAACAGAAGAACACUGCAAAGAGCUCCAGGAAUCUCAAGUACAAGGACUUCUUCGAUGCUGUGGAUAGCGAACCAGCUAAACCAGAUGACCAGUCAGAUGGCGAGGAUGACAGCAUGGAUGGAAGCCGGGAAGAAGGUGAAGAAGAGAUAGAUGACGAGGAAGAUGACUAUGAUGGUGAAGAGGAGGGUGACGAUGAGGAGGACGAGAGGACUCAGUCCAAAGCAUCUCAUAAGAAAGUCACCUUUAACCUCUCUGGGGACGAGGACAGCGAGGGAGAGGACAUGGAGGAGAUCUUUGGAGGAAAAGCGCAGAGCUCAGCAAAGUCUGAAUCAAAGUCAUCAUUUGAGAAACGGCAAGAAAAGAUGUCAGAGAAGAUUGAGGAGCUGGAGAAAGCUGCUCUUGCAGCGAAGCCCUGGCAGUUGUCAGGAGAGGUGACAGCACAGACUCGCCCAGAGAACAGCAUGCUGGAGGAAGAUGUGGAUUUUGAGCAGACGUCCAGGAUGGCCCCUAGUGUCACAGAGGAAACCACACUACAGCUUGAAGACAUCAUCAAACAGAGAAUUAAAGACCAGGCGUUUGACGACGUGGUCCGAAAGGAGAAACCCAAAGAGGAGGUGUUUGAGUACAAGAAGAGGCUAACACUGGACCAUGAGAAGAGCAAGCAGAGCCUCGCGGAAAUCUAUGAGCAGGAAUACCUCAAGCAGAAUCAGACAAAGACGGAAGAGGAGGAGAACCCAGCUCAUGUAGAAAUUCAGAAGCUUAUGGACACACUCUUCCUGAAGUUGGAUGCUCUCUCUAACUUCCACUUCACACCUAAACCACCUGUUCCUGAAGUCAAAGUGGUAUCUAACAUGCCGUCCAUCACAAUGGAGGAGGUGGCUCCAGUCAGCGCUAGUGAUGCUACGCUGCUCGCACCAGAAGAAAUCAAGGAGAAGAACAAAGCGGGAGAUAUUCUGGGUGACACUGAGAAGACGUCAACAGACAAGAAGCGUGAGAGGCGGCACAAGAAGACGGUGAAGCGUCUAAAGAUCAAGGAGAAAGAAAAGAGACAGAAACUCAAAGAGGCCAGUAAAACUGGGGAGAACAAAAAGCAAUCAAAGGCUGAAGUCGCAGAAAACCUGAAGAAACUCGCUAAAGGAGGCAAAGCAACGAUACUAAAGGACGAAGGGAAGGACAAGGCUCUGCGGUCCUCUCAAGCCUUCUUCUCUGAGCUGCAGGACCAGGUAAAGAGUCAGAUCAAAGGUGUAAAGGACCAGUCUUCAAAGAAGAAGAAACACAGAGAGGUUUCUGUGAGCAAACUCAAGUUAUAGUAACUGUGAUGGUUUGUCGUAGAAGAUCGACUUUUUAUUGUACAGAUUCUUUUUUAUGAGAAAGCUGAUAUAUAUUAAACCUGAAAGUCCGUGUUAGAUGUGUCCAUUUUCACCGAAAUAAAUCAAGUGCCCAGAUGCGUUUGUGUUUGUUUGGCUUUUUCAAUUGUAAUAAAUGUUCAUUCACAUGAAAA